GAGCAGCGGAGGGAGCCCCGAGCCGGGUACGGGACCGCGGGGAGCAGCGGAGGGAGCCCCGAGCCGGACCAGCCUGCCCACCAUGUCCGUCAGCAGCCACGAGAACCGCAAAUCCCGCUCGAGCUCCGGCUCCAUGAACAUCCACCUCUUCCACAAACCGGGCCACGCCGACAGCCUCCUGACCCACCUCAACCUGCUCCGCAAGCGGCACCUCUUCACCGACGUGGUGCUGCGGGCAGGGAACCAGACCUUCCACUGCCACCGGGCCGUCCUGGCCUCCUGCAGCCGCUACUUCGAGGCCAUGUUCAGCGGGGGCCUGAAGGAGAGCAGAGACGCCGAAGUCAACUUCCACGAUUCCCUCCACCCCGAGGUGCUGGAGCUGCUGCUGGACUACGCUUACUCAGCCCGGGUGCUGAUUAACGAGGAGAACGCGGAGUCCUUGCUGGAGGCCGGGGACAUGUUGCAGUUCCAGGAUAUCAGGGAUGCUUCGGCUGAUUUUCUGGAGAAGAAUCUUUAUCCUGGGAACUGCCUGAACAUGCUGCUGCUGUCCGAUGCCCACUGCUGCCAGCGGCUGCUGGAGCUGUCCUGGAGGAUGGCCUUGGCCAACUUCACCUCCCUCUGCAAGACCGAAGACUUCCUCCGACUGCCCAAGGACAAGCUGGUGGAGCUGGUGGAGAGCGAAGAGCUGGAGGUGGAGGAUGAGACGCUGGUGUACGAGGCGGUUAUGGGCUGGAUCCGCUACGAUCUGCCCCGGCGCCACGAGGUCCUGCCGCAGCUGCUGCGCUCCGUCCGCCUGGCCCUGCUGCCCGAGUCCUACCUGCGGAAACACGUGGCCUGUGAGCAGCUGGUGACCAGCCACAAGCUGGGCCAGGAGAUCGUGGCCGACGCCGUCCGCUGCAAAAUGAAGAUCCUGCAGAACGACGGCCUGGUGACCGGCUGCUGCGCCCGGCCCCGCAAGGUCAGCCAGGCCCUGCUGCUGCUGGGCGGCCAGACCUUCAUGUGCGACAAGAUUUACACCCUGGAUCAUAAAACCAGCGAGAUCAUCCCUCGCGCGGACAUCCCCAGCCCGCGGAAGGAGUGCAGCGCCUGCGCCAUCGGCUGCAAGGUGUACAUCACCGGCGGGAAAGGCUCCGAGAACGGCGCUUCCAAGGACGUCUGGGUGUACGACACCCUCCACGACGAGUGGGCAAAAGCUGCUCCCAUGCUGGUGGCGCGGUUCGGCCACGGCUCGGCAGAGCUGGACCACUGCCUGUACGUGGUGGGGGGUCACACGGCCGUCAGCGGUGCCUUCCCGGCCUCUCCCUCCGUCUCCCUCAAGCAAGUGGAGCACUACGACCCGCAGCUGGACAAGUGGUCCUUGGUGGCUCCCCUCCGAGAGGGCGUGAGCAACGCCGCCGUGGUGGGAGCCAAGAUGAAGCUCUUUGUUUUCGGUGGCACCAGCGCCAACCAGGAGAAGCUGCCCAAGGUGCAGUGCUUUGACCCCGGCCAGAACCGCUGGACGGUGCUGGCCAGUUGUCCCCAGCCCUGGCGCUACACGGCCGCCGCUGUGGUGGGCAGCCACAUCAUCGUCAUCGGGGGGGACACGGAGUUCUCCGCCAGCUCCGCUUACCGCUUCCACAGCGACACCUCCCAGUGGUCCAAGUUUGGGGACGUCACCGCCAAGCGCAUCAGCUGCCGCGCCGUGACGUCGGGCAACAGGCUGUACGUGGUGGGGGGCUACUGCGGGGCCCAGCGCUGCAAGACCCUGGACUGUUACGACCCCUCGUCCGACACCUGGCGCAGCGUCACCACGGUGCCCUAUUCCCUCAUCCCCACCGCCUUCGUCAGCACCUGGAAGUACCUGUCGGCCUGAGUCACCCUCUGCCGAAGAACCUGGAAGGUUUCACACCAGAUUUUGCCAGUGUCUUGCUUCACCGAGGAUCCAGACACAAGACACAGGCAGUGGGAGCACCUUGUCCUACCAGCAAGCCUGGGACCUGUCCUGGACACCAGCCCUUGUGUGGAUCCCACUGGCAUCACCACAGCUUUGGCUCUGAACCCUUCUGUAAACCCCUGUCAUUCAGACCAUGGAGGGGACACACACACACACAGAGGGACUUCCUUGGGUUGGCAGCUUGUGCUGUCCCUUCAGACAGCAAAAGUUUCCCCAGUUUUCUCCUAACUCAUGAUCUCACAGCAGGAACCAGAGCAAUGUUGGUUUUUUUUUUUUAACUUGUUCACUGAGCGUUUUACGUGGUAUUUACUAGGAAGGGCAGAGGAACUUUCCCAGUAACUGGUAGCAGGUUCUGGACUGUGCUGCUGUCUGCUGGGACUUGGAAUGCAGGCAGCACCAGAGGCACUUGCCUAAAAUGUCUUUCCACGUGACAGUUCUUUCCCCAUGGGCUGGUUUGUACCUUUUUUUUUUUUUUAAUACAGCAGUUGUGUGUGUUUAUUACUCAGCCUGGAGCUGCUUCAAUAAAUCUGAAUAAAAUCCA